AUGUCUCGCAGGCAGCUCCCCAACAUAAUAAUCACUGGUACGCCAGGAUGUGGCAAGACCUCGCAUGCCGAGGCACUCCAGACGCGUCUUGGUAAGCCCUACAAACACUACUCUAUCAGCGAUUUGGCCAAACUGCGUGGUUUGAUUGAAAGUUAUGAUGAGACCCUCGACACUUCAGUGGUGAAGGAGGAUGAGCUAUUAGAUUCGUUGGAGCCCGAGUUGGAGAGUGGAGCGGUGAUAAUUGACUGGCACGUGUGUGACAUAUUUCCCGAGCGGUUGGUUGACUUGGUGGUGGUAUUGAGAACUGACAAUUCCCAUUUGUACGAUAGAAUGGUUGCCAGAGGCUAUAAAGAUAAUAAGAUUCAAGAAAACUUGGAUGCGGAGAUCAUGGAAGUGAUUCUUCAGGAAGCACAAGAGUCGUACAACCCCGAAAUAGUGGUUGUGUUGACGUCGAACUUGGAGGAGGAGAAAUUAGAUAAUGUGGAUAGAAUUUCCCAGUGGAUCAGCAGCUGGGUGGAAGACCACCCCACCGGAGUGACCAAUGAGUUUGAGGGCAGCCAGAGUGAUGAGAGUAGCGAAGAAUCAGAAGGCGAGUCAGGUGACUCCAGUGACUCCGACGAAAAUUAG